UGGCUAUGUAAAUGUUAGCUCAAAACUUCUGAAAGAUCUGUAUCUGCCAACAACCAAAGCAUUGAAUGGUUCAUCAAAACGAAGGCUCAAUACCCUUUUUGUAUCUCAGCAACUUAAAACGGCUGUGAAAUGGUCCCUGAAAAAACUGAAUAAUCUUAAAUUUAUAGGUGAGAAAGACCAUAGGUAUCCAGCCGAAUAUGAAGAUGGGGCUAUAAGUAUACAUAGAUCUCUCCACAGCCCGAGCGUUUGGCUUAGACUCGGCACUAAGCUUUGUACCACUGACAUUGAUUUGACAUUUUGUUUUGAACGAAAGCGCGUAGGGGCAUAUACAUCUGUAAUGAUUCCCUCCUACGGGAGUGAUUGUCAUCAAUGUUGUGAAUUCUGCUGCCACUGGAUGGAAUCAAUCGUUCCGAAUCCCCCCUUUAGUAACAUUUUUGAAUUGGAUAGACCGCAUCAUGCGCUGUAUUUGACCCUGAAGUUCACUGUUCGUCUGCUGGUAGAGAGCUGUGGCAGCGACAUCUAUAUGAGGAAGAAGGUGAAUAUAUCUUCUCACUUUCUCAAAACGAUGUUGCUGCAUCACCAAAACACCUGCCAGACGAGCAAUCUCGAUGGAUGUUUUGGUGGCAUUCUCUUUUGA